AUGGAUCAAGAUCGCCUAGCGCGUGAUGCCAACCGGAGUAGUUAUACUUCAAGAUACGGCUCCGAGCCUGAUGACAAUAUUGAGAGAGGGGCAACUCGUCAAGCGCAGAAUGACAAAUCCGCUUCUACAGUCCCUUCACAGCCUAGACACAAAUUCCCAGAGGGAAACCUCAUUGACCUCGACAGUCCUCCUUCGUCGCCCCGAUCGAUUCCACCAGAACCCCAAGUACCCCAGCUCGAGCUAUCUGCCGAUGUACCUACAGCCCAGCCAACAACCCCACAGAGUCCUGAGACCCAGCGGGCAGGCUAUUCUACGUCGUUCCAAAGCCAGAGGGGCCGUGGCUACUCACCAUCUGGCCGCGUUCUCUCACAUAAUACUAAGACCAGAAGCACUCCCCCACCAAUUCGUCCCCCUUCAGCAAAAUCAAAAUGGCUCGCUGGUAUGGAGCCUGACUCUAUUGUGGUGUUAGGGGAUUACAUCGCAACCGAAGAUGUCUCCGUAGCCAGGCUAUUUGGGAAGGCUGCGGCAUUUCCUGGACGGGAGGAGUUAUUUGAGCAUGUUGGCCGGGAUACUGGCGCUUUUAUCCAGCCUCCAGUGGAGAGUGACACAGAACUUCUCAUAUGGGGAAACGACAGCCAGGUAGGAGCCGCGAAGAGGAUGCUCCAAGAUAGAGUGAUCAGGUACCGCGACGAGCAAUUGGCGGAAAGCGAUAGAUUACUCUCUCAAACUCGCCAAACAACAGCCCAGCGACCUUCAAGAUAUUCGCGCCACUCUCUCGGCACUGGACGCAAACCUGUGGAGUGGGACAAGAUCUCACCUUAUGACAGCGUUGAGAAGAUGAAACGCAAGCAAGAGAAAAUGGCAUUGGAGAUGCUUCGAAAAGAGCCCGAAGGAGCGGAGUGUAAUCACAAAUUAGUCUUUGUGUGGCCUACAGAUGGCCCUUCGCCCCAAGAGUGCUUGGGGAGGGAUCUUGAGACACUUGACAAUAUUCGUUCAGACCUGCAGGUUCACGCUUACUUGGACCCCGAGUACCCGACACACAUCGUUGUCACUAACAACGAAGGCUUCGAUACUGGAUCCGUUGUCCAGUUCCUUCGGGCAGCAUGGAAGGAGGGGAUGGGACAAACGGACCUGCACAUCAAGAAGCUCAUGCUUGCAGCAGUCGGCCACGAAUUUCUCGAGAAAGGUGUAAUCCUUGAAAAGCAUGGUCCUGUCGCAAAACCAUUCGUUUGGGAAUAUCCACUGCAAGGUGCAAAUGCUAGCGUUGAGGUGUUUGACAAUAAUAUGGAUGCUAUCCGUAUCUCGAAUUCCAACGAGAUUCUGCAGAAUAUGCGAAUCUCUCUUUCCAUGAUCAACUACUUCAAUGGCAAUCUGCGGAUGCGAUUUCAUUUCGGUACUUUUGUUCUGGACAGAUGCAGACUCCCGAAGAGAGAUGUGAGGUCCUUCAGCCUUGCUGAAUUCAGGGCCAUGAUCGAACAUGAUCACUGUCGAGGGCGAGUCGUGCCCGGAUUGAAGAUCGGGACGGAUGAAAUGUUGAAUCGACUUCGUCGUGCGGAUGAGCUCCUUGAGCCCAUUGGUCAGGUCCAGCCUCUUCAUAAGUUGGAGUUCAUGGAGCCUAACCACUCGGCCACUAUCGAGUUCGAUAAACGCCUCGGUUAUGAAUUCCGACUUGAGCUUUACCUCAAGAGGAUUAAGCGUGCCGGCGAAGUCGAAAUCAAAGGUCACCGUUGGUUCAAGGCAUACCCUGACGAAGACAAGACCCUGAGAAUGCCGUUACAGCUAGCCAUGGUGGACUUUGCUAAGGCUGACUGGCAGUGCAACAUCGAGUUCUUCGAGUUGGCUAACGAGAGAGACCUCCCCAAGACUCUGCGCGAGCUUGCAUCCAGUAUCAGAUUCACCAGUAGUGGCGACAGCCACCACUUCAUCUCCAAGGCUGCAAUGAAGAUCAUGAUUCCAAAAGAAACACCUGACGCCCGCAUUGUCAAAAAGUCCGCAAUUCGGUUCAAGGUCAAGGGAACUAACUUGAUCCUUGAGCUCGCUCGAUUCGACGUGUAUAGAAGGACCACCUUCUAUAAGUCACACUGGAGUGCCACUCUUUACAACCCUGCUUGGGAUUCACUCAUGGGAGGAGAGAUCGGCCCAGGCGGGAUUCAACCAUGCGGAGCAGGCCUAGAGACUUUCUUCCCGUCAACCGAAAGCGGCAAUGCACAGGAAGGGGACGGUCUGAUAGAUGUCUUGCGGGUUGUCCAUAGGAUUGCGGGGCUGAUGGGUGGCCCUGAGAUUGGCUUCAGUUCGACGGCCAGGGACGAGAGUAUGGCUGGAUUGAUUAACGUGGACCUAGGGACUCUGUUCUAA